AUGGCACCACCGGUGGGUAAGCGCCAAGUAACUCCAUCGGUUCAACCGAAAAUAAAGCGACACAAAGCCGAUGAAGAGCAACCAUCCACAUUUGUGGCACGUUUGGCUUCGUUGGGAUCACAAUCGGAUGAUUGCAGUUCACAGUCGUGCUCUCAGUCGUCUCAGCUCAGUAGUGAUGGCCAAGAAAAAUGCAAAUGGGCACGUCCUCCGAUUGAUGAUAUUCUUGGGAAGUCGAACGAGCAAGAUAUUGCUUUACAAGUUGUCGAUAUCGACUACUUCAUGGAUCAGCACGACAACGUGAUCGUUCGUUUGUUUGGCGUGACAAUGAGUGAGCAUUCAGUUUGUAUACAAGUGCAUUCAUUUGUGCCGUAUUUCUACGUGCAGAUCGAUGAAAGCUUCCUACCGGAAUAUAUCGAACGAGCCAAAAAUCAUCUCAAUGAGACUCUUAAGGGUGAGUCAUUGUCAGCAAUUGGCAUACCAAAAAAUGUCGAGAAUUUAAUCGUUGAUUUGGAGAUCACCACUGGUGCAAAUAUCUAUGCGUAUCGAGAGAAUCUCAAACAGAAGUUUCUGAAAGUCUUCGUUCGCACACCAAAACUUUUCGCAGUUUGUCGUCGAGUUUUUCAACAUGGCAUCGACCUAAGCGGUAAAGGGGAUCGUAAGUCGUGGCAGUGUUUCGAAGCCAAUAUUGAUUUUGAGAUUCGUUUCAUGGUCGACAUGAAUUUGGUUGGAUGUGGUUGGGUCGUGCUCCCAAAACACAAAUAUGAUAUUGUCAGUCAACAAAGAAUGCAAAGUAGAUGUCAAUUUGAGUGUACCAUUCGAUACGACGAUCUCAUCGUGCACGCACCAGAAUCAUCUGCUGAAUGGUCGAAGAUUGCUCCUCUGCGAAUACUUUCGUUUGAUAUCGAAUGUACGAAUAGAAGAGGGAUAUUUCCUGAAGCACACACAGAUGCGGUGAUUCAAAUCGCGAAUAUGGUUAAAGUGGAAGGAGGCGAUGAGCCAUUCGUACGUAAUUGUUUUGUGAUCGGUGAUACGACACCUGUUAUCGGAAGUCAAAUUAUCGUUUGCAAGAACGAAGCUGAACUGCUCGAAAAAUGGGCCGAAUUUGUACGAAUCAUUGAUCCAGAUAUCAUCACAGGAUACAACAUUCAGAAUUUCGAUAUACCCUAUAUCAUCGAUCGAGCGAAAGCGUUGAAAAUCGAGAAUAAGGUGACAAUGUUGGGACGUAUUCCCAGUUCGCUAUCAAAAGUUCGCGAGAUGCCCAUUUCAAGUAAACAAAUGGGUAAUCGAACGAACAAAUGCACAAAUAUGGAGGGACGUGUUACUUUCGAUGUUAUGCAGGUUAUUCUGCGGGACUAUAAACUGCGUAGUUACUCGCUGAAUAGUGUCAGUUAUAACUUUCUUGGUGAACAGAAAGAAGACGUCGAUUACUCACUGAUUGCUGAUCUUCAGAAUGGUACCGCAUUAACACGACGUCGAUUGGCCGUGUAUUGUAUGAAAGACGCGUAUUUGCCGUUACGUCUUCUGCAAAAACUAAUGUCCGUAAUCAACUACGUUGAGAUGGCACGUGUAACGGGUGUACCACUCGAUUAUUUACUGACGAGAGGGCAGCAAGUCAAAGUUAUGUCACAGCUUAUGAGAAAGGCUAGAUCACGGCAUUUUUUCAUACCGGUGAUGGACGUAGCGCCAACUGACGAUACAUAUGAGGGUGCCACUGUAAUCGAACCAAUCCGGGGCUUUUACGCCGAACCGAUUGCAACGUUGGAUUUUGCGUCGUUGUAUCCGUCGAUUAUGAUUGCUCAUAACAUUUGCUAUACGACACUAAUUCACGGCAAUCCGGCAUCUCAUAACUUGAAAGAAGACGAUUAUGAAGUGUCGCCGUCGAAUAAUCGUUUCGUGAAGGCGUCAAGGCGUCGCGGUCUGCUACCCGAGAUUCUCGAAGAUUUACUGUCGGCAAGGAAGAAAGCAAAAGCUGAUCUGAAGCAAGAGAAAGACCCAUUCCGUUGUAUGGUUUUGAAUGGCAGACAACUUGCGCUGAAAAUAUCGGCAAACUCAGUGUACGGCUUCACUGGUGCAACUGUUGGAAAGUUGCCGUGCCUAGAAAUCUCGCAAUCGGUCACUGCGUUUGGCAGGCAGAUGAUCGAUUUCACGAAGAAAACUGUUGAGGAGAUCUAUAAGAAGGGUUAUUUGGACGGGAAGUGCCCUUGCGAUGCACAAGUGGUGUAUGGCGAUACAGAUUCGGUGAUGGUGAAAUUUGGUGUGAAAGAUAUUGCAACUGCAAUGGAGCUUGGUAGACAUGCUGCCUUUGAAGUGAGCAAGAAAUUUCGACCACCUAUUAAACUCGAAUUUGAAAAGGUUUAUUGUCCAUAUUUACUGAUCAAUAAGAAGCGAUACGCGGGUUUAUAUUUCACUCGACCCGAGAAACACGAUAAAAUGGAUUGUAAAGGAUUGGAAACUGUGCGUAGAGACAAUUGCCCUCUUGUUUCGAAACUGCUCUCGUCGUGUCUUGAGAAGAUGUUGCUGGAUGGUGAUGCAACUGGAGCAUUGGAAUACGCGAAAAAGGUGAUCUCGGAUCUGUUGUGCAAUCGUGUUGACAUAUCAGAAUUGAUCAUCACCAAAGAACUUACUCGACCAAGCACCGCGUAUCAAGCGAAACAAGCGCAUGUUGUGUUGGCAGAACGAAUGCGUUCCCGUGAUGCGGGCUCAGCGCCACGUCUGGGUGAUCGAGUUCCGUACGUGAUUGUUGCGAAGGGGCAUAAGGUGCCGGCAUAUGAGAAAGCCGAAGACCCGAUCUAUGUGCUGGAAAACAAUAUCCCGAUUGAUACGACCUAUUAUUUGGAGAAUCAACUCGCGAAACCGUUGGCGAGAAUAUUCGAGCCGAUUCUCGGCGAUAAAGCUGAAUCAACACUUACCAAUGGAGAGCAUACACUUGUGCGAUCAGUAACGCAAUCCAAAGUCUCAGCGUUGUCACAAUUCUUCCAGAAAACCGAACGUUGCUUGCUCUGUAAGAGUAGUUUAAAGAAAGGUGUUCAAGAUGCAACUUGCGAGCACUGUAAACCAAACGAAGGAAAAGCUUUCAUCACUCACAUGUCUCUGAUGAAUGCCAUGGAGAAACGUUUCGGUCGCUUGUGGACGGAAUGUCAAAAUUGUGCAGGCACGAUGAAUGAGGAAAUCUUAUGUUCAUCGCGUGAUUGUCCCAUUUAUUACAUGCGUGAGAAGAUACGUAUCGAUUUGGAGGAGCAAAGGAAGGCUUUGAAACGUUUCAACCUGUCAACUUGGUGA